AUGCUUCACAGUCUUGCAAUCUCAAGCCUUGUUGCGCUGACCACGGCGCUCGCCGUCGACAAACCCCUUGACGUGUGCGGUACACCACCGCCGAGCGAGGGGCUCGUCGACGCCGUCAAGGAGUUCCGUCUCCAGGAGCAGGAACUUCGCACACAAGGCCUCGUCGCCCAAGCCAAUGUUGUUGUAGACACCUACAUCCACAUUAUAUCCUCGGAUGGGACCCCGCAAGGAGGGAAUGUGUCUGACGACAUUGUCCGAAGGCAGAUUGACGUGCUUAACCAGGGCCUGUCCGGCACCGGCUUCUCCGUCACCCUCAAGGGCGUUGACAGGACCGUCAACGCCGCCUGGGCCAACGACAGAAGCGAGGUCGCAAUGAAGAGGGAGCUGCGCAAGGGCUCCUACAAGGACCUGAACCUCUACUACCUCAACGCGCCCCAGGGCAGCGCCAGCAUCGGAGGCUACUGCUACUUCCCCGUGCAGGGCGCCCGCCCGGGAUCCGACAGCUUCAUCAGAGACGGCUGCGUCAUGCAGUUCGGCAGCAUGCCCGGGGGCAGCCUUGGCAGCAACAACCUAGGAAAGGUCACGGUGCACGAGGUCGGCCACUGGUUUGGCUUGUUCCACACGUUUCAGGGCGGCUGCGAGGCUUCCUCUGGCGGCGACCAGGUUGACGACACGCCUGCCCACGUCGCACCUCGCACUGCGUCCGACUAUCAGUGUCCCGCCAACUCCAACAUUGAUACCUGCCCGUCGCUGCCUGGUUCGGACCCCUUGCACAACUACAUGAGCUACAGACAGGAGUAA